AUGCUGAGCGCCGAGAACAUGGCCGCCGCCUACCGAACCCUGCACCGACUCCUACUACCUCACUUAAUGAAGGCAGAGGGUACAGCUACUGUGAUGAAGUCUCGAUGGAGCUCGACGGCGGCAGCUGCUGCAACAUCUCAGAGACCUGAAGCAAAGACGCGUGUUCUGCCUGAUAAGAGGAAACCCAAAACUGGAAUCCUUAUGCUGAACAUGGGAGGUCCAGAGACUGUAGAUGAUGUUCACGAUUUCCUCCUCAGGUUGUUUUUAGACAAAGAUCUCAUGACACUUCCAGCCCAAAGCAAACUUGGGCCAUUUAUUGCCAGACGGCGAACGCCAAAAAUUCAAGAACAAUACAGAAAAAUUGGAGGUGGCUCUCCUAUUAAGAGGUGGACAGCACAGCAAGGUGAAGGCAUGGUGAAAUUGCUGGACGAACUGUCUCCAGCUACAGCACCUCAUAAAUAUUACAUUGGUUUCCGGUAUGUUGAUCCGCUAACUGAAGCCGCAAUAGAAGAAAUGGAGAGCGAUGGUGUAGAUAGAGCGAUCGCCUUCACACAGUAUCCUCAGUACAGCUGUUCAACCACCGGUAGCAGUUUGAAUGCCAUUUAUCGGUACUAUAAUUCCAAGGGGGUUAAACCCACAAUGAAAUGGAGCGUAAUCGACAGAUGGCCAACACACCCUCUCCUCAUACAGUGUUUUGCUGACCAUAUCCAGAAAGAGCUGAAUAUGUUUCCGGAGGACAAGAGAGGAGACGUGGUCAUUCUCUUUUCUGCUCAUUCUUUGCCAAUGACAGUUGUAAAUCGAGGAGAUCCGUACCCCCAGGAAGUGGGAGCCACUGUGCAGAAAGUCAUGGAGAAACUGAAUUUUACCAACCCCUACAGGCUGGUCUGGCAAUCCAAGGUUGGUCCCAUGCCCUGGUUGGGUCCUCAUACUGAUGAAACCAUUAAAGGCCUCUGCCAGAGGGGAAAAAAGAACAUUCUCCUAGUCCCUAUUGCCUUCACCAGCGAUCACAUUGAAACACUGUAUGAGCUGGAUAUAGAGUAUGCUCAUCAUCUUGCACAGGAGUGUGGAGUUGAGAACAUCAGACGAUCGGAAUCCCUUAAUGGAAAUCCAUUGUUCUCCAAGGCUCUGGCCGAUUUAGUCCUUUCGCAUCUCAAGUCCAAUGAGACCUGUUCCAAACAGUUAACUCUGCGAUGUCCGAUGUGCGUGAAUCCAGUCUGCGAAGCAGCAAAGUCGUUCUUUACGAAUCAGAAACUGUGA